GUAAUUUCCAAAAAAAAUUUUCCAUUUCCCAAACUUCCAAAAGUAGUAUCAUUGGAAAACGCUUUCCUGGGAAAACUGGGGCCCAAUCAUAUCUCAGAGCAAAUAUAGCUCUGCUCCUAACCCUAUACUCUCAUUCAAAUCUCCGCCCUCCAUUCCCAAGAAUCCAACCACUGGCCCUUUCAGUCAAUCGAUCCAACGGUUCCACACUAAUCCACAUAGGCCGAAUGCUGCACCAGAUUAAACGCCCUCUCUUUGCUAUAGGGUCCAUGCUCUCUUUUGUUGCCAAAAACUUCACUGUCUCUUGUUCUUCUCUCUCGGGAACCCUAGCUAUGAAAUUACCGGAAUGCCCUCGUCUUCAACAAUGGGAGCAGCUUCUCUGUUCUCUAACGGAGGAGACUCCUUACGUGGAAGCCUUCAAGGGAAAAUGGGCUGUGAUCGGAGUCAAACUCGCUCGUCUCCCGACUCAACUCACCCAGCUCGCUGAGUCACCGAACUCAGAGAGUCAGCUCGCAUCGGAGCUGGUUGAAGCCGUUUCUCAGACCUUGUCCGACGCACUCUCCCUUGCCCGGAAGUGCCGGAAUCCUAAUCUAGUAGACGGGAAACUCAGAACCCAGAGCGAUAUCGAUGCUGUAACGGCGAAGCUGCAUCAGCACAUAAGCGAUCUCGACCUCCUGGCUCGCACCGGAGCUCUCGAGGAGAGCUCCGGCUCGGUGAGUUCGAGGAGGGAGUGGGUCCGAGUUGAAGCGAGGAACUUGAUGACCCGGUUGCAAAUCGGGAGUGCGGAGUCGAGGAACUCGGCGAUGGAGUCAUUGUUGAGGUUGUUGAAUGAGGACGACAAGAACGUGUUGAUCGUUGUGGCCCAGGGCGUGGUUCCGAUUCUGACUCGGUUGCUCGACUCGGCGUGCCCGGAGAUGAAGGCGAAAGCAGUGUCGGCGAUUUCUAGGGUUUCGGUUGUGGAUAGUUGCAAGCAUGUGUUGAUUGCAGAAGGGCUUCAGCUGAUAAACCAAUUGAUUAGGGUUUUAGAAUCAAGAAGUGGGUUUGCUAAGGAAAAAGCUUGUAUUGCUCUGCAAGCUCUCAGCUUUUCCAAAGAGAACGCCAGAGCAAUCGGGUGUAGAGGUGGGAUUGGAGCUCUCUUGGAGAUUUGUGAGGCCGGAACCCCUUGUUCUCAGGCGUAUGCGGCCGGGGUUUUAAGAAAUCUUGCUGGGUUCAAUGAAAUUCACCCAAAUUUCAUUGAGGAGAAUGCUGUUCCUGUGCUUAUAGGGCUUGCAGGUUCAGGGACCUUUGUGGCACAGGAGAAUGCAAUUGGGUGUUUGUGUAACUUGGUUUCAGAGGACCAGAGCAUGAGGCUUUUGGUUGCCAGAGAAGGUGGGGUUGAAUGCUUGAAGACUUUCUGGGACUCAGCCCCAUCGGUUUAUAGUCUUGAAGUUGCUGUUGGGUUGCUGAAGAACUUGGCCUCAUGUAGGACAGUUGCAGAGGCCAUUGUUUCUGAGGAUUUCAUUGGUAAACUCAAAGGGGUGUUAAGUUGUGGAGCUGUGGGUGUGAGAAUUGCUGCUGCUGGGGCAGUUCAUGAGCUGGGUUUCAGCUCAAGAACCCGGAAAGAGAUGGGAGAAGCUGGAUUUAUACCACAUUUGGUCAUGAUGUUGGAGGCCAAGGCUGUUGAGGAGAAGGAGAUGGCUGCAAAGGCAUUGUCGUCUCUCAUGCUUUAUUCUGGCAACAGAAGAAUUUUCACCAAGCAAGAGAAAGGGAUAGAGUGUGCAGUUCAGCUUCUUGAUCCCCUGCAGAAUUUGGAUAAGAAAUAUGCGAUUUCUGUUUUGGCUUCAAUUGGGAAUUCAAAAAAGUGUCGAAAACAAAUCAUAGCUGCAGGGGCUUGUGCUUACUUGCAGAAACUCAUUGAAAUGGAAAUUGACGGGGCUAAGAAGCUUUAUGAAAGCCUGGAUGGGAAUAGCAACAUCUGGGGUCUAUUUGGUAGAACAAAAUGAGCAAGGAAAUCAUUAACAGCAGGGGUUAAUCUCAUCAUCUGUAUGUACAAUACCAGUUUCUCAUUCUUUUUCUCAUGAUCUUCUCUAUUGUUGAAAAGUAAAUGUUGCUAUUCUAAUGGUCACUGUCAGUAUAAAUCUAGAGUAGUGAUGCAUUCUUGGCUUCCUGAAA